CCUGCUUGUUCGGAAACGGAAUAUAUUUUAGUAUCCAAUUGUAGGCCACUUCCGAUUUAUUACAUACAUAGUAUGUACGAAUGUACAUACAUAAAUAGAUACAUUUUGUAUGUAGUAGCAUGAGUCAGGCUGGAGACACCGUUGCAGUAGUAGACAUUGACCUCGCCAACGCCCUUGUCGUCUUUACACUCCCAGUAACUCCCACGUUAACUAUUCAUUGUUAGUACGCCUGAACAUAUUUCUCUCGAAGAGCUACACGAUAACUUUUUUGUAUGCAGGUUUUUGAAUUGAAAACGAUUUCACUUUCAUUCUACUAGAUAUUUUCACCCAAAUUUAUUUAUAACAAUGCAAAAUCACACAUUUUUUGCAAGUUAAAUUAGAAAAGAAAGUUGACUGUCCGCCAUCACAAUUUACAGUUUUAGUUGCUUUUGCUGUAUUACACAGCUGCCUCUUUGCGAACGAGAGAAACACGUCAUAGUGUAAGCCGGCUUCGACAUUAAUAUGUCCCACAUGCAAAAAUACGCAAAUGAAAUUAUGAUAUGUGCUUGAAUUUUGAACAUACACAAAAUAGCUAGGUUCACAGUUCCCACGACAGUCGGGUGUACGUAACCGAAACGGACCCGGAUUUUUAUCCGGCCAAGAUUGUCAACUCGGCAGCAUUAUUCAAAUUUAUAUCAGGAAUGUUUUCUGACACUACAACAACAUAUAUGGAUUCAUAAACUAUAAAAAGUAAAGAACUCAAUGGCUAAAUAUUAAGACUAUUGGCUGUGUAGGUGGAAUAUUGGUUUAUUUUCUAAACAUGGUUAUAUUUGCCGCACCCUAAAUGCGUUGAUAGUCAUAAAACAUAUACAUAAGUACAUAUAUGUGUACAUUUGUAUAUCCAUUUAUAGAUAUGUAUAUACACCAACAUGUAUGCAUAUUUAUAUCAUGGACAACGCUGCCUACAUUUGAACUUGACUCAUUUUCUGCUCUUCCGCUCUUGUCCUCUCCGCACUCUUUAAUUCAAGAAUUCCAAGUUUUUAACCGUUAAUUCGUUUCAGUUGCCUUUUAGAUCCAACAAAACACCAAACCAUAAAUAGAUGCACACUUAUAUACAUAGGCAUGUAUAAAGAGUAGUAGCAAAAUGCCGGUUAUGUCGACGAAGCUCUUUUAUGGUAUCGGCUGUUAACGUCUGUCCCUCCACUUUAUCUUUCUUAACAGCUUGUUUCCCUAUAGUAUGUCUAACUCACUCACACAAAUGUGUCGUUCACGCGCUACAAACAUGAUAAAUAGAAAAAUGAAGUUACUUCUUUUUGCCAGUAGGGGCAUUUCGAGAAAUCGCUUUACGAUUUUUCACUGCAGUACAGAAAACAUGACCAUAUAUGGUCACGAAAAUGGAAUCGCGUAUACUAGAGCCCCGAACUGCUAGUGAGAUUAGAGAGCGAAAAGUGAGGGUUAAUCAAAAACACGAUUCAGCGAGGUCGUUUGUCAACUUGGUAAUGCAUUAUUGCGCUCUCAGUCACUCUUUUGUACAGCACACGAGUGUUGAGCCGGAAAGAAAGAAUCGUGUAGAUUUCGGUUUCACUGACACUCUCCUCGUUUAUUUUCGAAAAAGCGGAGAGGUGUACUCGCCACUCGUCUGGUUCACUCGUUGAUAUGUAGAAAUUUUAACUGGCAUUUUUUACUUAACGGCGUCCCAUUCGUUGUUGGACUGUCAAAGUGCUUAGUUGAAUUUCUGCAAUCAAUCUUCAAGCAGAGAUUUUCUGUUUUGCCAAGUCAGCAUCUUAAAACGAUCGUGAAAUUUUAACAACGCUUUCCUAGUGCGUCAAUUUACGAAUUUAGAUAUUAUUGUAAACCAAACUUCAAAAAGGUGAGAUAUAUUGUGCGAAUAUAUUCAUACCGGUUUUGUAAUAGGUUUAGUUCACCUACGUAUAAAUGUACAACAUACAUACAUAUAUACAUAUUGAUCCGGCCGGCAUUCGGAAACGAUUGUGAUAGUUGACCGUUUGUUUUAUUUGCUGAUUAUUUUUUCAAUUUCUUAAUGUCGGGCGUUGCCCUUUCAGAAUGCUUGAAUUGGUUUUACCAUAUUUUCAUGGAAAUUCUAAAUAAUCUUCGCACGUAACGUUUACCAAAUUAGCGCAGAUGUUGAAUUAUAAUAAUGAACAAUUGUAUUUGUUUUAUCCAAAGUGAUUUUUUUUUAUUUCUAUUAAAUUUGAAUAUCACUAGAUUGCUUCGAUUCAUAUUUCAAAGCUUGUCACAUAUAUGCUAAAAUUGUAGUGAAUUUUAUUGAAAUUUCAUGUUUUCCUCUAUAUUCGCGCGGUUGCUUGAAUAUCGUUUUGUAAAUAAAUUCGUAUUUUCCAAAUUUUAUAUUGUACUAAAAAGACUUCGUUAAAAUUGGCAAUAAAAAGUCUAAACUUCGUUGUAACUUUUAUAAGGGAAAGGAGUCUAAGAACAGGCACUUUAAAUUAAAAACAAACAAAAUGUGUGACGAAGAAGUUGCUGCCUUGGUUGUUGACAAUGGUUCCGGUAUGUGCAAGGCCGGUUUCGCUGGUGAUGAUGCACCCCGCGCUGUCUUCCCUUCAAUUGUGGGUCGCCCACGUCAUCAAGGUGUGAUGGUUGGUAUGGGUCAAAAGGAUUCAUAUGUCGGUGACGAAGCACAGAGCAAACGUGGUAUCUUGACCCUGAAAUACCCCAUUGAACACGGUAUUGUAACCAACUGGGAUGAUAUGGAAAAAAUCUGGCAUCACACCUUCUACAAUGAACUGCGUGUCGCUCCCGAGGAACACCCAGUCCUGUUGACUGAAGCCCCAUUGAAUCCAAAGGCUAACCGUGAGAAGAUGACACAGAUCAUGUUCGAAACCUUCAACACACCCGCCAUGUAUGUGGCCAUCCAGGCCGUACUUUCCCUGUAUGCUUCUGGCCGUACCACUGGUAUUGUGCUGGAUUCUGGUGAUGGUGUUUCCCACACUGUUCCCAUCUAUGAAGGUUAUGCCCUGCCACAUGCCAUCCUUCGUUUGGAUUUGGCUGGUCGCGAUUUAACCGACUACCUUAUGAAGAUCUUGACUGAACGUGGUUACUCAUUCACAACCACUGCCGAACGCGAAAUCGUUCGUGAUAUUAAGGAAAAAUUGUGCUACGUCGCACUCGACUUUGAACAAGAGAUGGCCACCGCAGCCUCAAGCUCGUCAUUGGAGAAAUCAUAUGAAUUGCCCGAUGGUCAAGUGAUCACCAUUGGCAAUGAACGUUUCCGCUGCCCAGAAGCUCUCUUCCAACCAUCAUUCUUGGGUAUGGAAGCCUCCGGUAUCCACGAAACCACAUACAACUCCAUCAUGAAGUGUGAUGUUGACAUCCGUAAGGAUCUGUAUGCCAACACUGUGCUUUCUGGUGGUACCACCAUGUACCCAGGUAUUGCUGACCGUAUGCAGAAGGAAAUCACCGCUUUGGCUCCAUCAACAAUGAAGAUCAAGAUCAUUGCACCACCAGAACGCAAAUACUCCGUAUGGAUCGGUGGUUCUAUCCUUGCUUCUUUGUCUACCUUCCAACAGAUGUGGAUCUCGAAACAAGAAUACGACGAAUCCGGCCCAUCAAUUGUGCACAGGAAAUGCUUCUAAACUGGUUAAUGGUAUUUUACAUAACAUAACCAAACAAAAUUCUAGAAUUUUAAAGCAUUUUUUUAAGUUUUCAUUCAAAUGUAUUAUUUUCUAAUUAUUUAAAAUGUUACAAAAACUUGAGAGGAAAGAAUAAGAUUGGCAAACUCUUCUCGUCAUUCAUUCGUCUACGUACGAGUGGGACAUGAGGGGGACAUAAUAACCAAAAAUCUAAAAUGUCGAUUUUUUCUUUAUUUGGAAGUUUUCUAAAUUCAAGAGUACACAAAUUAAUGAGUUUCAUAUGAUGUUAGGUACAUUUUCAUAAAUGCAUAAAUACACAUUUCACAAAAUGUUCUCAUUACAUAUACAUAUGUAUUCAUGUGCACCAUAAGCAUUAAAAGACGUUUUGUGUUCUAAUUCAUAAACACCAAGUUAGUGCUCAAAUAGAAGCUUACGCAUACAUAUGCAUUCGUAGCUUCAAAGUGACGCAACUUCCCAUUUUUAUACUUGCAAACAAUGUAAUGAAUAUUUUUAAUUUCAAUUUGAUUUUAAUUACAUGCGUAUUGAUUUUCUUACGCUAAAAUGUUAAUUAAACAAAAGAUUACUAAAGACUUGAACAACAAAAAUAUUAAUAAAAAAAAAGAAAUAUUUUCUUAAACAAGAGAGACUUUGCCAUCUGGCCCAAUUUUUCAUUAUUAAGAUGGUAAGGUGCAGUCUGAGAAAUAUGAACCAUAUGCAUAACUUGUGACUAUGUACCAUCUCGUGGGAAUUAGGAAGGAUUUUCACUUUUGUUUCCACAACUAUGCAUAUGUGUAUAUUUUCCCGACCCAUAUGGUUGAGAUUUGAUGUAAAGAUUAGUUGCGAAGGAUGGAUAAAACGCAUUAAAUUGCAACUACAAGUAUAGGACAACAAAGAGCAAGAAAACAAUUGUAAUAAAUUUGUCAACAAAAAUAAACCAAGAUAUAUAAAAAUAAA